GUGUGAAGUAACAGUAAGAAAAAAUGAACAGCCAGCACGUAGUCGACGAAGUGUCCAGACAAGUAGUGGAGAAAGUAGAAGCAGCUUUGGAUGAUCCUCUGAUUCCAUACACAGUGAGAGGACAUAAAAGAAUAAAGCACUCCCUGGUAACUAAUGAAGAAUUUAAUUAUACGGACCAGUAUGGAUCCCAAAUAUGGGAAUGGGAUCCAUACCAUUCACAACAUUUGGUAUGGGCGCGACAUAAUGAUGCAGUUACUAGGGAGUACUGGCGACUAGUACGAAAAAACCUCAAUUAUAAUCUUGAACUUUAUAAAUUUUAUAGAAUAUAA